AAAUACACCACUGUCUUCUCACCCCCACCAUCACCCAAACUCUCUCUCACACACAACAUAUACAAACAAAACAAGCAUGCCUUGUCCAUCCUCCCAUCUCAGAACCUCACACCCUCCACCCUCUUCUUCAGCCCUAAGCUCCAUGAAGCUCAAGAGCCUCAUCCACACCCUCAUAGUCUCCCACAUGUGCCGCAUCAUCCGUGCACUCUCCAAAGUCAAAGCCACAAUCCUUGAGAUUCUCAAAGGAUCAAACAACCAAUCCAAUAACAUUCACUUCCACCACAAAAAGAAGCAAAAGAUGACUAAGAAAAUCAUCUUUGGCUCGUUCAGGCUCCACUACAACUGGUGCUCCUCAAAAUCUUCUCAUGUUAUCCCUGUUCCCGCUCGUGUCUUUGAAGGGUUGCCAAAAGCUGGUGACAUGAUCCAUCAUCAUGAUGAACAAUAUUUGUAUGAGGAUUGCCAUGAUGAUGAUUCUCAGCUUGCGGGAUACCUACAGUGGCUUGAAGAGAAGGUUCAAGAUGAUGAUGAUGAUAAAAAGGCUUGUGGAAAUGAGAUGAACGAGAUUGAUAUGUUGGCUGAAAUGUUCAUAGCGAAUUGCCACGAGAAGUUCAAGUUGGAGAAGCAAGAGUCUGAUAGAAGGUUCCAUGAAAUGUUGGCUAGGGGCAUGUGAAUUGAAUUUGGUGAAUAAUGUUAACCAUGGUGUGUACCAGAGAUCAAUUCAAUAUAGAUAGCGUGAAUUGUUAUAAAUCCUCUCAUGUCAUGCCUGUGUCUUCGAUUCUUACGUAUGAGAAAAAAAAAACAUGGUGUUAGAUAUUUUUGUAACAAACAGCUAGCAAAGUUGGGACAGUCACUUGUUAAAUUAAUUAGAGGGGGAAGGGAAUUUUUACUUUUGUUGGUCUAUUUGUCUAUCUUUAUUGUAACUUUUCCAUAAGAAGGAAAAUUAAGAGGUGGGUGUGAAGGAGGGUUGAAUACGAGAUAUGGGGAUUUGCGCAGUGCUUCUGUUCAUAGUCAUGUAUAUUUUAAUUUGCCGUUGGCUUGUUAAUUAGUAGCAUGGAACUGCAGCUUCGAUCAAA